CAGAAAUUUCAUCUGAAUGCAACGGGGCAAGAGGAAUGCCAAGAGGACCCCUGUGAAAAUGUUAUCACUGUCAUUGAGAAGUUUCAGAACAACCUGUUUGUCUGCGGGACGAACGGACAGAAACCAGAGUGCUGGCAACUUCGCCCUUCAGUGAACAAUCAGUCUCUUGAAAUAUUCGAUAGUCGUGACGGGACAGGAAUCUCUCCAUUUAUCUACACACAGAACUCCCUAUCGCUCACAGUAGAAGGGGAUCUGUAUGCAGCAGCACCUUUGGAUGCUGAUGGAAGUACAUUGCAGUUCAGAAGACAAGCUGGCCACAGGACUAAUGUCUGGAUGUAUGACAGCUGGGUCUCAGAGCCCACAUUUGUCUCUGCGUCAUGGGUGCAGCGGACGGACGACCCAGACAAUGAGAAAAUUUAUGUCUUUUUCCGUGAGAAGAACUCGGACCACAACCGAGAGGCUGACCCACUGAUAUCUAGGAUCGCCAGAGUUUGUAAGGUGGAUGAAGGUGGAUCAAAACGAUUCUUCCAGAACAUGUGGACAUCUUUUCUCAAGGCCCGUCUUGUGUGUGGAAUUCCAAAGGAGUCGCUGUAUUUUAACCGCCUCCAAGAUGUUUAUGUGAUGCACGCAGACAACUGGCAAGACACCAGGGUCUACGCCCUCUUCACGAGCAACUGGAAUUCUACAGCAGUCUGCAUCUAUACAAUAAAAAUGAUUGAAAAUAUAUUUGAGAACUCCAAAUUCAAGGGCUACAACAACAACCUUCCCACACCAAGGCCAGGAACGUGUUCCACGAACAGCAAGGCUUUGCCACGUCAGACAGUCAAUAUUGUGAAGGAUCACUCAGAAAUGGCCGACUGGGUUGACUCAGAUCCUUUUUAUAUAAGCACCAACAACUACACCAAGAUAGUCGUGGACAGAGUUCAGGCUGCAGACCAAAGAUUUUAUAACAUUCUGCUUCUAGCUACUGAUUCCGGGAAGAUCCAUAAAGUCUUGGAGUCUGGGUCAGAACCUUUUAUCAUAUCUGAAACGCAGCUCUCCAACUCUUCAAUCAUACAGUCAAUGAAGCUUGACUCUAAAAAGAAAACAUUAAUUGUGGGGUCUGCUGAGAGAAUAACUGCAGUGAACCUUCAGAGUUGUCAGGAGUACAGCAAGUCUUGCGAAGAAUGUGUUCUGGCCCGGGAUCCAUACUGUGCCUGGACUAACGAUGGAUGCACCUCGACUGUCCCCGGGAGCAUUCAGAAUAUCGUGGAUGGGAAAACAAACGUAUGCAGUUUAACAGUUAAAGAGCCAAGAAACCGGACCAAACGUGAGAUACCUCCACUAUCAUCAGUGCAUUUGAGGACAGUUCAUUCAGUCCCCCAGGGUGUGCCUUUCUAUCUGUCCUGUCCCAUAGACUCCUACCACGCUGAGUAUACAUGGGAGCAAAAAGGCCAAAAGAGUCCUUGUUUGCAGAUGCUUACCAACUGUCUGCAUCUCAUUCCUUCCAUGUCACAGGAGAAGUAUGGCACAUACAGAUGUAUUUCAGAAGAGAAAGACUACAUCAAAGUGGUGGGAACAUACGAGCUCAUAGAGAACCAAGACCCAAAAAAGUGCUCAAAAAGCAAUACACCUGACAACUGGAACGCUGCACCAGCUCUUAUUCCAGAGAUGACAUGGAUCACGCUGCUUGUAGCAAUAAUUUCUUUUUGAACUGACUCUCUGUUACUCGCUACUUUUAAUUUGCAGUGUCAAAAUGUCAGGCCCUCUGUACUCAUGCAGCACUAACGGAAAUCCAUGUCAAGCCUUUAGCGGAACCUAACACAGAAACAUUUCUGCUGUGAAAAACGUUUAUUGUUUCAAAGAGGGGCUUGAACAGGAAGGGGAAAGAAAAAAGAAAGCAGUACAACCGGUCAGCAGUGCACAGCUUGAAUGGUCUCCAAUGGUGAUUGAAAACAUCGGAGCAUCUUACAUAAAACACUUUAGCUGAGUACCUUUCUUCCUUUUAACACAAUCAAUGAAAUGGAAGGCACAGAAAGUAAUCAGAGGUAAUUCCUCUUUACAUGAAUGUAUAUCUCAAGUCAACAACACUAUUAUGCUAUGAGUGUAAGUGGGAAAGCUUCCAGUCAAAGGGCCACAGACAAUCUUUAAACAGUAAGUCUGCUUAAUUAUAAGUCUUAUACAAACUGAAGGGAAGAGAGCUCUUUCCACUCUGGUCCAUAUAGAACCAAAAAAUGUAAAUUAUCUGUUUUGACAUUGCACUGCUGACCCGAUAAUUUAGGAAUGUGUCUCCACCUUUUUGCCUCAGUGCUCAGAAAGGUAUCUUAAAAAUGCACAAUGAAAAUAUUUGGCUUUGCAUAUUGGGAAAUGGCUUCUCUCAGUAUUUAAAAGCAGUUAUGUCAAAAAUACUCUAAAACAUGCAAAAAGUUGGCCUAUUUGUAGUGUUAUAAUUUUUAACACAUACUCACUGAAAUUGGGUAUGUGUUUUCCUGACGCGGCGCAGAGUAGGGAUAGUGAAGGUGGAUGAGUUGGCAUUGCUCAUCCACAGCAGGGGUAAUGCAUAAACGAGGAGAAGAAGCAAGUGCAUGUAGUGUGGAGCGGAUGGAAACGAUUGUCGGGGUGAUUUGUGACA